CUUCAGCUUCUUCACCCUCCCUCACUCUUGCCUUCCUCAGUCCCUUCUUUCUUCAUUUUGGUGUUUUCAGAGCUUUACGGAAUCGCGGGUCUCGUUCUAAGGCGCCGAAAUUAGAAUCUGUGAGUGCUCGAGUUCUCCCAGAUUUUGGGCUCCAUCUCAUUCUGAGAUCAAAAGGAUGAAUUUUGCAGCUUCUUUAUGUAGAAGAGUGAACAUCAGGGAGCUCGUUACAAAUGCUCCUGUUUACAGUAGUGCUAGUGAGGUGUCUGGAGAUGGAUUGAGUAUGAUGUUUAGGCGUUGGGCCACCAAAAAGGCUGCCGGAUCUACAAAGAAUGGACGGGACUCAAAACCUAAGAAUCUUGGGGUGAAGAAAUUUGGUGGAGAGAGAGUAAUACCUGGAAAUAUCAUUGUACGGCAGCGUGGCACCCGUUUCCAUCCAGGAAACUAUGUUGGAAUUGGUAAGGAUCACACCCUUUAUGCGUUGAAAGAAGGCUGUGUGAAGUUUGAACGAAACAAGCUAACAGGACGAAAAUGGGUACACAUUGAGCCCAAGGAUGGUCAUGUGCUUCAUCCUGUGUACGCAGAAGCCGGGGCUCAGGAGCUUUAGGCAACUGCUUAAGUCUCAUUGUCCAUGCUAUAUGUUGGAAUUAACAACUCUUAUGCCCUGAGAUCAUCAAUUUCUAGAAAUCUUGUAGUUGUAGGUAAUGGUUGUACACGUUAUGUGCUUGCUUUGAAAUCUGUCUUUUGAUGCAAUUCAGUGCAACAUAUAUAUUUGAUUCAAAAUUUUAAAUACCACCAAAGUAUGAAUGAAUUUUCCUCUUUAGAAUGUA